CUCAAAACCGACGACGGGAAGAUCUGCCCUUGGGAUUCAUUCAAAGAUGCUUCUAAUGCGACGAUGCAGUCCCUCUUGCCCGUCAUGACGCGACAAAGGUACGCGAAACAACGUCCAUCUCACUAAUCUCUCCUCUGUGCGUGUGUGAGCGACUCAUUCAUCUGGCAUGCAGGAAAAGCAGCCGUCAGUCAUCGACCGACUUGCCUGCCGCAUCUUCCCCCGACCCGACAGCUGCCGCAUUCUGGACAAAGCCAAAACUCUAUGUUGCCGUCGGUGCGGCGGCGGCUGUCCUGACCGCCACUGCAGUGACGCUGCUGGUGGUCUUCCUGCAGCACCGAGAUGAAGAGGUGGAUGACGGCUCGGUGAGGUUUUAUUCGUAUGAGGUUUUGCAGCGGAUCCCUCACGUCCACAGUGUGCCACCGAGUGGAGAUGCAGUAAGCGGGGUGCGGCCAUUCACACAGGGGCUGUUCUUCCUCAACGAGAGUGUGGUGGUGGAGUCGGGCGGCUGGUACGGCGAGAGCAUCAUCAGGAAAUGGGUACCUAUGUGGGUCAGUGUGUGGGUCAUUGAGUGGUUGGCAAAUGGUCCAAUCUUUGCUUUUGUUGCCUGUUGGUUUGUGCGUGUGUGCAGAGCUUCCCGAGUGGCGACACAUUGGCCCAUCAUGACUUGUCGCCCGACCUGUUUGGCGAGGGCACGGUGAGGUUCAACGAUUCCAUCCUGCAGCUCACAUGGUGAGGGUGGUGAGGGGAGGGGCGGGAGAUGCACCAAUCGCCCACGUGUGUGUGUGCAGGCGAGAGGGCCUCCUGUAAGCAAUGUCGACCAACCAGAAACCACCCACCUGCUGGCAGACGGACCGCCUUCGAUAUGUUCAGGCUGGCGUAUGACGUCGACUCCCUCACGCCCACUCAGCAAUACGCCCUGCCCUUCGUCGUAAGCACGCCCAACACACACGAAGGCAGGCAGGCAGGCAUCUGUGUGUGUGUUGGUGUGUUAGGGGUGGGGACUGGCGACGGACGGCGAGAGGUUGUGGGCAACGACAGGAGACUCCUUCCUGCGGACCAUCACACUCCAGGAGCAGAGGGGCGACGUGCCUGCACAGGUGCACGUCACCAACAGAACCAAGGUCAGUGCAGUGCGCUGCGCGUGUGGGCGGGUGGUAAGACCGACACGGACAGACACACAGUCUGGUAGAUGGUUGGUUCUGCUGAUUGGCCGGCCAGAUUGUGUGUCUGGGGCGGACGGUGUCGCGCGUCAACGAACUUGAAGUGAGUGAAUGCAUUGCAAGGCUGCCUCGACGUGUGGGGUGGAUGGGUCGAGGGUGUGCAGUACUGGGAGGGCCGUAUAUGGGGCAAUGCGUUCGGCGAGACCUACGUGCUGGAGAUCGACCCACACACAGGCCAGUGCACCAGGUGAGUGAGGUGCCUACACACACAUACACACACACGCAAGUGUGUCGACCGUGUGUGUGCCUUUGUGCAGCAUGGUGAGUCUGAAAGGGCUGUAUGACCCCGCCACGUCAGCCUACGUCACAACGCACGACCUGGGGUACAGUCAGGACACGCACCCACAUGGACGGACACACUCACACAAAUAGUUAUGAUGGAGAUACCGAUGGCUGGCUGGGAUGAUCUGUGCUGUGCUCGUGUCCGGCUGGCUGCCAACAGGAAUGACGUGUUGAAUGGCAUCGCACACCACACAUCACUCGGACCACAGAGGUGACUGACUGACGGAAAUGACUGACACGCCCGACGAACGAGUCUCUCAAGCCCCCACACCACACCACAGCCACCACCGACCUGUCUGCCUACCUGCCUGUGUGUGAAUAAUGUAUGUGUGUGUAGGAUGCUCGUGACGGGCAAGAGGUGGCCCUUCCUGUGGGUCAUCAAACUCAAACCAGGUCGGUAGGUGAUCGACACACACAGGUGGUGUCUGUAUGGGUGCGUCUGUCUGUCUGUCUGCCUGUCUGUGUAUGUGCAGUGCGUCCGAGUGAGCCCAUAUCGAGAUGGAGCGACAUCCGGACCAAGCUAAAGGGAUUCUUGUAAGAUAGUGGGCUGUCAAUGAAUUAGUCACUGAGGCGACUGCCUGCCUGACGCGAUAUGCGUCAAAUACAGAUUAGUGGUGUGUGUUUAUGUGUGUGGAUAGUGUCCAUUUGGCAUCGAUUGAUUGGCAUGAACGCAUCACUUCGUGGGCACAACACGUCGGCAUGGCAUGGUCGGUACCAUGCUCUCCAUGAU